AUGGACACAAGAGGUUGCGCGCUUCUUCUUUGUAGAAUUUGCCGUCGACUCCGGACUGCCGUGGCGAUACCAGCAAGCAGCAAAUCAGCGAAUUGGAAGGGUUAUCAGUGGAAGGACAUAGACAAAACAGGCAACAAACGAGUAAGGACAAACAAGUCUCAGGGAGAUAUGAUGGUGGAUCUUCAUUAUCUCAAUAUUAGAGGGGCAUCUAAUAAAUUGGCCCGGGUUCAUAGUAAAGAGUUAGUGAAUAAAUUUCACCCUACUUUUUUCAUUCUGUUUGAAACCCAUAUUCCUUUCGAGAGGAUGAAAUCUUUUUGGAAUAGUCUAGGUUACCAAGGUGUUGGUAUUGUUGAGGCUAAUGGUCAUAAUGGGGGUAUCUGGAUUCUAUGUUCUAAUUCAAAUAUUUCUGUGAGAGUAUUGGAUGUAGUUGAUCAAUGUAUCAGUUUUGAAAUCACUAUGGGCAAUAAUUCUAGUUACUGCAGUGCGGUGUAUGCUAAUCAGCAUAUACAUCGGCAUAAAGAACUGUGGGGUGACUUGACAAAGAUUGCUAAUAUGAUCCACAGACCUUGGAUUGUGUUAGGGGACUUUAAUGAUGUUCUUUUGCAGAGUGAAGUUAGAGGGGGGCAGUUUAGACUUGCCAGAGCAGAACAAUUUGCGGAAACAUUGGAGGAUUGUGGGCUGUUUGAUAUGGGGGCUAUUGGAAGAAGAUUCACUUGGUACAGGAAGGUGAAAGGUGGGGUGCAGGUGGCUAAAAAGCUUGAUAGAGCAGUCUUCAAUCAAGACCAAUGA